AACCCUGCACUAUCCACGAGUGCUGAGAGGCGAAAAUUCAUGACCAAGGUAUCAAGGAACGCCGGCAAUGGAAACACAGAUAAGUGUCGCCAAGCUAUCCUCGUGAAGGUCCGCCGCCCAAGAGGCCGAGACCUUCAUCCCCUCCCAAUACCUCGAAAACGCCGAUCGGCACCGCGUCCACGCAAGACGCCGCUCUUUCACCUCCCGCCUCCGAUUUAAAGGACACGACGGCUUCCUCCUCGUGGGGCUCUGACGGAGAAUCGAUGUCGCCGGAUGCUGAAGGCGGAUCUAGUCCAAGUCCGACACCGGUUGCUAAUGUUUCAGGCGGCCGGUCGGAGGGCUCGAGACGGAAGGGAGGAUUGACGGCGAUUCUGGCGAACCCGAAAGUCUGGACUGUCUUCACUGCCGCAAACCUCUUUUCUCCCGCUUCCCCUUAUAUCAGAGGUCUCGAGAAGGUUCUGGAAUCUCUCAUCUUCCCAUGUGACAACUCAUCCUCUGGCUGCAGCAAGGUGUUCUCGAGCCAUCGCGAUAAGCUCGAUCACGAGGGGAAUUGCGAGUUCAUCCCUUAUUAUUGCCCUUACACCAGCUGCAAAUUCUCUGGCCUGUACAAGUGCUUGCACAGGCACGUGACUCAGGCACAUCCGUGUUGGGCCACAAGGACCCACAAUACACUUUUUGUCUGCACCCGCUCAGUAGACCCCUCCAUUGGAACCGAAGUCGAUGUGGUAUGUGUGGGUCCCAAGUCUGCUAAGGGUGCCCCAUUCUCGUGCGAUCUCACGGAAAAGGUUUUACCCAUAUUCUCGUCUGAUAAGGACACACCCACGUUGGUGAACAUGAAGAUGGGUGUGGAGUGCGUGCAGGAAAGGACUGAAGAUUCCUCCCAAGGGAAGCAUCUUUUGCUUCCAGCGAAAUUGAUGGACGAUCAGAGGAGAAGGCUCGAGCUGGAACUUAUCAUAAGGGGGAGACAAGCUUAG